AUGGUAAACGAAUUACUGAUGCACACUAGAAGAAAAGAGCUAAUUCUCGUUGGUCUUUGGUUUGGGAAAAACAAGCCAAAUAUGAAUGUCUUCCUCGGUCCGUUCGGAUUUACCCAAUUUAAUGAAUUAUAUGGAUUUAAUCAGUGCCUCCAUCCUGGGGAGUGCGUUAAGAAUCCGAAUAAAGCUAAUUCUCGGGAUUCAGGAAAUAUUAAGUAUCCUUUGCAAAAUAAGGUUCCAAAGAAUAGAAAUAUUCAGGACACUAUAGAGCAUAUGAGAUUGGCAUCUGAUUCGAGGAAACCUGUUUUUGGGGUGAAGAAUCCACCUCAAUUGAUAAAUCUGAUUUCCUUUCCUUUUUUAUCUGGAUAUGGAUCCGACAGUAUGCAUUUGGUUAGCGGAAUAGCUAAACCAUUUGCUACGAUGUUGUAUGGAAAUAUAAAGAAAGGAGGAUUAUUUCCCAAAACUAUGAUUCUUAAAAUUGAUAUUGCUUUGAUUAAUAUUAAAGCCACCCAUCAAAUUGUCAGGUUAACUCGUUCCUUUACAGAAAAAGAAUUUUGGAAAGCGCGAGAAUGGGAAAACUGGACUUUGUUUUUUAAUAUGCCUAUUCUAUCAAAUGUAUUGCCGAGCCAUUUUGUCAUACAUUGGGCUUUAUUCGUCAAAGCUAUGUAUCUACUGAUGAAAGAAGAAAUUUCAACUUUUGAAUUAGACUUCGUCGACCAAUUGUUACAUGAGUUUGUCUCAAAAACUAAAUUUAUUUAUUCUAAAGCAGCCAUGACCUAUAACGUACAUUCACUUCUGCAUUUAGCUAGUAGUGUUUAUCAUUGGGGUCCACUUUGGGCUCAUAAUGAAUUUAGCUUUGAAUAUGGAAAUGGUGAUUGCUAAAGGUAUUCAUAACCAAAUUUAUCGGCGAACUAGUCUUAAAGACAGUAUGUUAUUUCUGAAGCAUGCCCUACAUCAGCAUUGUUCACAUACUGUCAAACAUUUUCAUAAUCAAAUAGGUACGUCCCUUGUUAAAAAAUCUCUUCAAAUUUCUAAAAUAAGAUACUUCGGUAAAGCAUCUCAAGUAGAUAGAAUUUGGAUAAAAAAUUUAAUCUCUCCGAACAAGCUGUUACAUAUAAAAAGAUUGUGAAAAAAAGUUGCUUGCAUGUGUCAUCGAUGGAAGGCAAUAAACGAUCUGACAACUCUUUCGCACAAUUAAAUAAAGAGUCUUACACACAGCUGGUUAAUUUUAUAGCAGAUCCCUGUACUAAAAGUGAGUACACACUUGUUAAAAAAAUUAGCACUACAGACUUGUUCAAUAGACGUUGUAAUAUGAUUCGGAAAAUAGUAAAAAUAGAUACUGAAACUUCUGUUAUUUCUACCAGCGAUAUUUAUAAAGUAUGUGUGCACGUGCUAUUCGACAAGGAUAGUGAGUACUAAAGCGCUGUUCCGAAUUCGUAUCAUUACUAACAUAAGUCUGAUAAAGUAAAACGAGCAAACAUCCGGAAUAUUUUAUUCUU